AUCAGGGCUGUGCUACGACUGGACGUUGUGCCAAUCAUUUAAACACUUCUCAUGGUUUCCAGGGUCAAAAUGUAAGUUCUAGCAUAGAUAAACAACCCCUGUGAAUCUUGAUGAACAUAAGCAAAGUGCCGGGAGCACAAAUAAUGUCGAAUUUACCAUGGCAUAAACAAACGACCUUACUGCGCAUUGUAACAAGGCACGAAUGCAGGUGAAGAAGGAGGCUCAUUCCUCAUAUCCUCAGACCAUCAACCUUUCCAUCUUGACACUACCAUCAUCAUGGCAGCAGCAGACCGCUACGUCCCCAUACACGGGCUCAACAUCACCCACAGCCCGCUGUCCGCCAGCCCGACCAUGUCCAUCGACAAGCUCUUCCCCGCGCUCCUGGAGUGCUUUGGCAUCAUCCUGUGCGGCUAUAUGGCUGGACGAACGGACAUAAUCUCCCCAGCUCAGGCCAAGGGACUCGGGAACUUCGUCUCCCGGUUCGCUCUUCCGGCGCUCCUCUUCAAGAACAUGGUCCAGCUGGACUUCGGGAACGUGAUCUGGUCGUUUCUGUGGAGCGUGCUGAUUGCCAAGGUGGCCGUGUUUGCGAUGGUGUGCUCCCUCACGCUCUUGGUCGCUGGCCCGGAAAGUCGAUAUGGCAAAGCCGGGCUCUACGCUAUCUUCGCCACACAAAGUAAUGACUUUGCGCUCGGAUACCCAAUUGUGGAUGCGCUGUACAAGAGCACGUAUCCAGAGUACCUGCAGUAUAUCUACCUGGUGGCCCCCGUCUCCCUGAUGCUGCUGAACCCCAUCGGCUUCGCCCUGUGUGAGAUGCAGCGCUGGAAGCAGUCGCCCGACCCCAGCAAGAGCAGACUGCUCAUCGUCUUCACCGUGCUGCUGCAGGUGAUGAAGAAUCCCAUCGUGUUUAUGGUGAUGGUGGGAAUCAUCUCUCACUUCCUGCUGGGUGGGCGUGUCCCGGAGCUGCUGGGGGAGUUUGUGGACGGAUUGGCCGACUCGUUCGGGGGGGCGGCGCUCUUCUACCUGGGCCUCUCCAUGGUUGGCCAGCUCAGGAGAUUGACACGCUCCACUGGGGUGGCCCUCAUACUGCUCAUCACUGCCAAACUCCUGGUCAUGCCACUGAUCUGCAAGGACAUGGUGGAGAUUUUGGAUUCGGCCAACGGCACCUCCACCAAUCACACGAGCUUAUCCAACUAUGCCUUCCUGUACGGGGUCUUCCCCACCGCCCCUAGUGUGGCCAUCUACGCAGCACAGUACAACAUGGAGAUGGAGGUGGUGACCUCGGGGAUGGUGAUCAGCACCUUCCUCUCUGCUCCCAUCAUGUACGUGUCGGCAUGGUUACUGACCAUCCCCUGGAUGGAGGCCCUGCCCCUGCUGACCGAGCUGCAGAACGUCAGCUUCAACAUCAGCAUCAUCAGCCUGCUCGCUCUGGUGUGGACCAUGUCUGUCAUGUUCCUCAGUAAGAAGUUCAAAAGGCUGCCCCAUAUGUUUGUGAUGAAUCUCUUCCUGGCUCAGCUGCUGGUGUGUGUGGCCAUGAUCGUGUGGAAGUUUGUGUUGCAUCGGGACAAUUUGCUGGGCCAAGUGGUCAUCUUCACUCUGCUGUACGGCUGCAUCUACAGCACCUACCUCUGGACAGGACUGAUUGCCUUCUCUCUGGCUCUGAUGAAGAGGAAUGAGAAGAUGAAGAUUCGGCCUGCGAUCCUUGUGUUUGUGGGAUGGGGCGUUCCUUUCCUGACUGUUGGAGGGCUUCUGAUGGUUGGAGAGCGCAUGGAUGACACAAUAGACCCUGCCUUCUAUUAUGGCAGUAGCCAGAUUGCCAGCACGGCGGCGGUGUCUCUGUGCAGCAUAGCCCUGGGCGGCCUCUCCCUGCUGGGCCUGGGCCGGGGGACCCAGGAGGAGGAGCAGCGCUACCAGGCCCUGGACCAGAGCUCCAUGUCGGGCACCACUGCUGACGUCAGGCCCUAUUCCGACCUGGAGGACCGGAGGAGCUCUGCAGAACCAGCCGCACCUACGCUGGGCAGUGUCAAUGGAGAAGAGCCACCUAUUGAGCGUGCCCAGUCCCAGCCCAUGCCUGAUAUGAUUGUGGGCCAUCUGACUGAUACAACCCCGUCAAACCACCCAGUUUCUACUCCAGGCCAGGCGGUGGCAGCACUGCGGGAGGCCCCCAGUGCACAGCGGGCCCAAGAGGAGAGGCAGGUGGCCCGCCAUGCCCUGCUGUGUCUGCUGCUCAUCGUUGGGCUGCUGGCUAACCUGUCCAGCUGUAUGUGGUGGCUCUUCAGCAAAGACCCCGGACGCCUCUACCUGGAGCUCCAGUUCUUCUGUGCGGUGGCCAACUACGGGCAGGGAUUCAUCUCCUUUGGUUUGUUUGGGCUGGAUGAACACCUCAUCAUCUCUCCCUUCAAAAGAAGACUGGCCACUCUGUGGGGCUCUGAGCCUGCUGAGCAGCCUCCGGCUACAGCUGCUCGAGAGGAGAUUCGUCUCACCUGCACACAGUUUGUACGCUACCACAAGGACCAGUGCGUACAGGACAUCGUGAGACAGAGGAGUGGGUCGGGUGAAUCAAUGCCCGGACCGGUGGGUGAAUCCUUCCUUUGAUGCGCAGGUGCAAAGGGUGCCACGAUUACGAUUGGUCGGGCCGGCCAGAGGCGGGCCCAUUCGCAGGCAGCGAGUUGGUUGAUUGGCUGCUGCGCGCUGGAGUGGCAGGCGACCGGGGACGAGCCGCACUGUACGGCACGCGGCUGCUGCAGGGGGGUGUCCUGCGGAACGUCAGCUGUCGGCUGGGUUUCCACGACAACUCGCUCUGUCACGUCUUCACCGCCCACCCGGAAUGCUUCUGCCAUGACAACCACGACAACGACACACUUAGAAUGUUACCCUGUGUCAUGUGAGCUUGAUGUGGGGGGGCGAUGAGUUUGGUGGUGUCAGAGCUGCACACACCACAAGACUUUUGAGGCCAAGAUUCAAGCCGCGAGCUUGUACUUAGAUUGAAACGUCUAUUUUUUUUGCAUGCAAUAUACUGUGUAUGUUAUGCAAUUGUUGUUGAAGUCCCAAAAAAAACUGCAGGAACUACAGAAUGACUACUGGACACCUACCAUAGAUAUGAACACAAGAUGCCGAGUUCAUCCUUUUGGCGUGGCCCAACCCAGGGCGCCACCAUCUUGGGCCAGUAUCUCCUGAUAUUUCUCAUAUGUUACUGCCACCUACAGGAUAAUUGUGCGUAUUGCCUUGUCACCGAUUGAUGGCAGCAAUAUACCGGCUGGAAAUGGCAGUGAUUUUACGUCAGCCAUUUGUUCCAUUACAAAAGAGUGGUCAACGCAGUAUCUAGUGUUCAUAUGUAUGGACACUUACGCACAAAUGCACCUGUUGCUGUAUUUCUACAACUGCCCCUUGUUGUCCUAUACACUUUCUCACUAGUAAGAGGAGUGAUCGGUGAUGUCGCACUACUGCAAUGGUUCUAUGCACUGCAGUGUCCCUUGUGUGUGUGUGUGUGUGUGUGUGUUUUUGUGUGUGUGUGUGAGAGAGAGAGAGAGAGAGAGAGAGAGAGAGAGAGAGUUGUGCGUGUUGUGCCAGUGAUUUGUAUCAGGAUGGGUUUUGGUGCCUUUUGCCCAUGAUGUGGAACAUGUGACUGAACCAGUGUGUUAUUUUUCUGUGUGCGACAAAUUCAUAUGUGCUGUACAUUAUAGGAGUGUGUGUUUGCCCAAAGCAGUUUUUUUCUCCGAUUUAUACUGUAUGUGUGUGUUCAUGUGUACAUCUGAGUAGUCUGCGUGUAUAGGUGUGUGUGUGUACUGGAAAACUGUGGGUAGAGUGAGUGUAAUUUUUGGAGGAAUGCUUUACCGACAUCCUCUGUGAUUGCUGGAUUCCUCUCUUCAGUUCCUCAUCAUUAACUCUAAAUAUCACCAAUUACACAACGGCUGUAGAGCUGACAGGAAACCUGAAGACCUGGUUUCACCAAUGUGCCAAUAACCAUGGCAGGUUAGACAUCGUUAUCAUGGGAUAUUCUGUGAAGAGUCCCGCUGGAGAGCUGAAUUUCAAACCCAACUUUAAUAUAUAUCUACACACAAGUUGAAUCAGUGGUUCUCAACCUUUUUUUGAAUAACCCCACCCCUGGACCUCAUCGUGAGCCUUAGUAUUAAUAAACCAAAUGGACUAAUGCCCCCCAAUGGCAACUAAGAAUUGCCCCCACACAGCUAUAUCCUCAACGCACGCCCCUAGGGGGGCUGCAGAGGCAGAGCACUGUUGAGAAGAAUUAAAUUAAUUACACAAUUAAUUUUAAAAAUAAAUAAUGGUUGAAAAAAGGGUACAGGGCUCCCCCUUCUGUUGAAUAAGUGCAAGACAGUCCAUGCGUAGUCGUGAACGUCACUGAACCUCAGGGACUAAUUAGUAACAACUCCUACGUGUAAUGUGAUAUGUAUUUGUUUCGCAUGAUGCCAUAGAUGUUUUGGGUCCUUCCUUGUGUUUUCCCAUGCUCACGUUUUGCUGUAUUUUUCCCCAACAGUGUUGAUCUUGGGGCCAAUGAAAUGAACCAUUGGGGUAGAAUACCCAGGGAAGAGGUUGGAUUGCAGAUGGGCAGUCUGUGAGUGAAUGAUGAUGAUAAUCACGCCAUUUAAAUUGCUGCUGAUUUUGUUUUUGAUUUUGUUUUUGUUUUUUUGGUAAAUGCUGUAUGAUCCAGUGUGGGUGCAAUAUCACUGUGUGAUUGGUGAGAUACUGUAUGCUGUAUGGGGUAUCAUCACAUGCAUGUUUAUAAUCAUCAUUUGACAUGAGUACUGUUUUUUUCCCUCUCCUGUUGUUCUUGAGGAGAAUGUUCAAACGCCACUGUUACCAGUUAUUGCACUGAGAUGGAUGACCACUUACCUGAAGCCUACGGCUUUGUUCAUGAGUUUGCCGUUAUAGCAUGAGGUAUCCUUAACUUUUGCACUGAAAUCUUAACCUACAAAUGUAACCGUAACUGUAAAUUCUCUUCCAUCCCCCUUUCCAAGAACCACUAUUAAAAUUGUA